GUAUAAGUAGUAUGAGUGAUACAGGGAAUGUAGUUAUAGAAGAAUAUACUGAAAUAAAACUUAUCAGUGCCGAAAUAAUGGAUGGAGACAUCUAUCACGCAAGUGAUAGUCUUAGCCAGAGC